AUGAAGCUUCUCGUUGCCUUACAUAUACUCCUUUUCCACGCCUGCCAUACUGCCUAUGGCCAUAUGCAGCUGGCAAAACCAUUCCCCGUCCGAAGCCCCCUGAACAAGGAAAAUACGAAUAAAGAUUAUUCGUACACAUCUCCCUUGCGCUCGGAUGGCUCGGACUACCCUUGCAAAGGGUAUCAUAAGGAUCCCUUCAAACCAACAGCACAAUACAAGGCAGGACAAGAAUACUCAAUAGAGAUAGCUGGAGGCGCAACCCACGGUGGUGGAUCGUGCCAAAUCUCACUCUCAUACGACUCCGGAGAGACUUUCAAGGCCAUCAAAUCUUUCAUUGGAAGCUGCCCCCUAUCAAAACAAUACAAGUUCACCAUCCCGAGCAAUGCACCUAGCGGAAACGCCCUCCUCGCCUGGACCUGGUUCAACCGCCUGGGUAACAGAGAGAUGUACAUGAACUGUGCACAUGUUACAAUAUCGGGGUCGAAUGAUAGUUCUGCUGGCAACAGCAAGGUGGCUCUCUCAGGGCAAGCAGCUGCGCUUCAGGGGCUCCCAAAUAUAUUCCUGGCGAAUAUCAAUCAGGCACUACAAUGCAAGACUGAUCACAGCAAGGAAGUCGUCUUCCCCUUUCCCGGACAGUCCGUUGAAUACGGUGCUGGUGCAAAGGGUGCUACCGAUAAAGGGUAUGCAUGCGCAAGCAAAUUCGAGGUACCAGAGCCAGCACCGCCGUCACAGCCACCAGCUCAAUCGUCCUCCGAACCGGUCUCAAAACCACCGCCAGCGCCGACAGCAACCUGUGUAUGUCCUCUGGUGCUUAGCAGCCCACCAGCUGUACAAACGAUGCCACCUUCGCCACAAACCACUGCGAGGAAUGGUACAAGAGUUUGCCGUCGUCCAACAUCGUCCAAGCCCAGCCUCCCGCCUCUACUCCCAACCACGUUACCACUACCCGCGGGCUCUAGUAACGGAACAUCGUGUACUCCAGGAGACAUCAAAUGCGACUCUGAUAGCUCGUUCUUUCUAUGUUCUGGCCCAAUUCUUGGGUACAUAAAAAUAGGGAAUAGGGGCAAAUCCAAGGCAAAUUCCGUUGUUCGGAACAACCCCAAUUCAGGUCACGGAGUUAACGUCUAA